GACCGAUAACGAGGCGGCUUCUAACUUAAGUAAGCUCAAAGUUCACGAUUCAUAAAUUAGGCAGUUCUGUCCCUUGGAAUGAUUCAGUACACUUUUCACCCUCGGGAAGCGCGUACUUGAUUCUUGGUUAUUACGAUGUCCAAGUUCGUACAGUUGAUUCUUCGUGGCGCCUUGGCAUUGUUAAAAUAUGUCUUAGAAAAUUUAUUCGUGAAAUACUGGCCAGGAGUCGAAAGGCCAAAAAUUUCCGUACGGCAAGGCCAAGUGCAGGGUAUUACAGCUAAACUUCCCAAUGGCCAGAAAUACCACUAUUUUAAGGGAAUUCCCUACGCAAAACCGCCUAUCGGUGAACUAAGAUUUUGUCCACCGGUGCCACUGGAAAAAUUCAAAACUCCUCUGGUGAAAUGUUUCGUCGAUAAAAGUGAUUUUAUCCAACAAGAUUUCCUCAUCAGUUCGAUUGUGAUGGGCCAGGAGGACGCUCUCAACUUGAAUGUCUACACUCCAACUUUGAACGGAAAGGAUGGCGGCCUUCCCGUGAUGGUGUUUAUACAUGGUGGCGGAAUGCAAACCGGAACGGCUGGAUCUUUCCUCUACGAUCCGAAGCAUUUUGUAGAACAGAACGUCGUUUUUGUGACUGUAUACUAUCGGUUGGGUCCUUUUGGAUUUCUUUACUUACCGAGUGUUGGUGUCAACGGAAAUUUUGGUCUUAAAGAUCAGCGGCUUGCCCUCAAGUGGGUGAACGAAAAUAUUGCAUCGUUUGCAGGUGAUCCUAACAACGUAACACUCUUCGGUGAAAGCGCGGGAAGCUGGUCAACAUACCUGCAUUAUCUUUCUCCCAAUUCAAGGAAGUUUUUCCAUCGAGUGAUCUGCCAAAGUGGAACUGCCUGUACUUCAUCAUCAUCACUUCAACUCAAUCCCGAGGGCAAGGCACGGAAACUGGCCAAACUGUUAGGAUACUCCGGAACAUCUGACCAGGAAGUGUUAGAUACUCUUCGCAAAGCUCCGGCCAGGCUCAUAGCAAAACACAUCAAAACGAUCGGCGCAGAGGACAAAGAGGAUCUGUUUUAUGUGUUUCCGUUCCAGCCGGUUAUCGAACCUGCAGAAAGUGAGGAACCUAUUAUAGCGCAACCGCAGGAGCAAACCCUCAAGACGUUUGACAGCAUCCAGAUGCCCAUCAUAUCUGGCUACACGAGUGGAGAAGGAAUAUUGGCCUACGGCAUCAACAGGCACCGAUUGAAGGUUUUCAACCAGCGACCGGAUUGGUUAAUCCCACGUAUGCUGGGACAAAUAAAAAAUCUGGACAAACAGGCCCUUGGUGAACAGAUCAGGCAAUUCUACUUGGGAAUGAAAACGUUCGGAUCAGAUUCCGUCAACGAGAUCGUCAAUUUGUUUGGAGAUAACACAUUCUACACAACCCAGAACCUCAGCUCAGAAUGGCUGGCCAAGUACCAACCUAACGCUCUUCAUUACCGGUACAUUUUCUCCUUCGAAGGGGAUUUCGGUAUAGUUAAAAAUCUAGUUAGAAUGGACUACGCUGCAGGAGUCAGUCACGCUGACGACUUGUUUUACAUGUUCAGUCCUUCCCUGUUACCAAACCUGCCCAAAGAACGAGAUGAGUAUCGUGUUAGAGAAAUUUUCAUCAGCUUAUGGACUAACUUCGCCAAGUUUGGCGAUCCCACGCCAGAUGAAAGACUGUUGGGCUUCCGGUGGACUCCGGUCCCGCCAAUUGACAAAGAAUCUAAGAGCUUCGAUUCCGACUGUUUGGAAAUUCGACCGAAGCCCAGAAUCAUUCGUAACCCCUUCCAGGAGCGCAAGGAAUUCUGGCGCGAACUGAUUAGAAAAUAUACAGAUUAUAUUUAAGGUUUUUGGAUGUUUAUAUUGGAUAUUUAUUUUAGCUUACACAUGCCAAACUAUUGAACAGAUUAAUUUUAAAUUAGUAACGAUGGAAUAUAUUCUAAUGUACAAGACGGUUUCCAAAUGCUGUAAUUCGUCGAAAGGGCAAUGCAACGUUUACUCUGGUGUUAUUUAGCUUAAGCAAAGGUAUACCCAAUCAGAAGAAAAAAAACUAAAUUAUAUCAAAAUGAGAUAUAAUGAUAAUUAUUUUUCCUAUCAAAAUGUGUUUUAAUUGAGUACAUGUAGGA